UUAAAACAAGUGGAUUGCACCAAAAGUGCAAAAUGGCGGCGACAAUUAGCGGAGGAGGAGUUUCCACGGUUUCUCACACCCCUCAGGAGUUGCAGGCAGAGAUCAAGACAUUCGUCCAGGGCAAACAUGCGACGUUUGGGCACAAGCUGACUUUGGAGGAGCAUGCCAGAAGCGCCCUCUCUCUGCUGAGGACUGUACCUGCAGCCCGCUCGGCCGUGCUGGAGUUCCUGCAGGGGAUCUUUGAUGAAGCAGUCAAUUCUCACAUCCUGCAGAUCGAGAGUGAAGGUUCAGGGACAGUGGGUCCUAACCUGGACCCAGUCAUACAGGAGGUGUGCAGUGUUUUACUGGGGUUUGUCAAGGUCAACCCUCAAGCCUGGGCUCCUCUUAUUUCUGCUUGGUCCAUUGACCUUCUGGGACAGAUUAGCACCAAGUAUGCAGGAAGAAGAGGAGUCCCUCAUUCCUCCAGCCUGAAUGAACUGUUACAGCUAUGGAUGACUUGCAAAGCAACAAGAACACUAAUGGAUAUCUACACCCAGUGUUUAGCAGCCAUGACUGGUAGCUCAGCGGACCUGUGCGUAGAUGCACUACUGGACACCUCAGUGCAACACUCUCCACACUUUGACUGGGUGGUGGCUCAUAUUGGGUCAUCCUUCCCCAACACCAUCAUCACCCGUGUGCUGUCCUGUGGUCUGAAGGACUUCUGUAGCCACAGCAGCAGCAAGGCCACAGAGAGCCAUGUUCCCAAGCUGGCGUCUGUGGUGGGCAUCCUGGGCCACCUGGCCGCUCAUCACGCACAGGACAUCAGGGAGGCCCUGCUGCAGCUCUUCCAUGUCAGUCUAAGUGAGAGUAAACAGGAACAGUACACGGUGCCGUUCCUACUGGAGCUGGCUACCAUGUCUCCCAUGCUGCUCAGGGUCAUCACAACUGACCUGGUCGACUCAUUGAGUGCUGAUGUACUGAACCAGUUGGCAAGGCAGUUGUCUAAAGGAAGGUCCAAGGCAGACAUGGAAGGACUGAUAUCCCUGGUGGUUCACCUCAUCACUAAAACCAGCAGUGGCUGCCAGAAGGUCCUGAAGUUCCUACUGGAUACUGCCUGUCCAAUCAACCAGAAAGAUGAAGUGCCACUGGACCCUGCUGUGCAACAGACAUGCACAGUCAUUCUGAACACCCUUGUAGCAGACCUGCAGAAGUUGGUGUUUGGAAGCCAACAGGGAGACAUCACAGAAAUCCUCUUCCUCUCAGAGUUACAAGGACACAGGACACACUUGUGUCAGGAGAUGCUAUUGGUCAAUGGUAACAGACAGUGGUGGCUGGUACAAAUACUGAGACUGCUGGGGUGUCACCUUGGAGAGAGUUGUGCUGCAGACAUUGUCACCUACAACCUACAACAUGCCCAGUCUCAACAACAGCUGUGUCUGCUGCUGGAGCUGCUGGAAGGGUUCCAGUGCUGCCUGCCUGACGUGACAGGUGCAGCUGUCUGCAGGUGUAUGGACUCACUACAGACAGGCACGCUCAACAACGCACAGGCAAGAAGAUUGUUGGCAAACAUUGUUCACCUGUUGAAAAGUGACGACAUGAGCAAGAGGCAUUUCAGGUGGCAACUGCAAGAGGCCAUCCUGUUGCACCUGCAGCCCAUGACAUCACAGCUGGAACACAGCUGCCUCCAGGUGGCUGCCAAAGCCAUGCAGAUCCAGGCCAUCGUGGGCUUACCUGCCAAACCCACCACACCUGCCCUCAUCCACACCUGCCAGGCAGCUGUCAGGUGUUUCUUCAGGGUGCUGCAUGAUACAGACCUGGAAGAGAAGAUAACUGUAGUACAGUACUGUAAGGUGUACCUGUCACAUCUGUGUGGUGUACAGCUGGGACAGACACUGGUGAUACGCCAUCUGGUACAGGGGGUACUGGACAAGCAGAACAUCCAGCUGGGUCGCUCCAGCACACCCACAGUCUUCCAUGCUGGAGUCAUCGGCAAGGGCCUCAGGGCAAAGUCUGAUGCCAGGCAGCUGCCAAGUGACCAGGUAACAGCGAGCUGCCAGGCUGUGUUAGAUGUGUUGUACACCUGUACUCUCCACGAGCACCAUCACGCCUCCAUCCCCAAACACGAGGAAGACAGGAUGGACUCCUCUGACUGUCGAGUGGAGAGGAGGAGAAUAUCAUCAUCAGGCUCGAGAACUCUUGCAUUGCUGGUGGUGGAACUGGUGUGUCCAGAUGUCAUCCAAGCCCCCACAGACUGGCCUGAUGAGGAGUUCACCAAGUACACUGUAGAGAGAGAUUUGCACAUAACAAGACAAUUUAAGGAGCAUCCAAUACUUUGGGACAUCUUGAAGAUGAUAGCAGAAGGGAGAACAGCCCUGUGCCACUGUGCAAUAUUGCUGAGUAGUGUAAUAUCCACACUGAUCACCCACUGGGAGGGUUCACGCAGCAGUGUGACGGCUGAUUCUCCAUGGCACCUCCAGGCUUCCUGUAAGGCACUGGAGUGUAUGGGAGAGGCCCAUCUCCUGCCUGCUCCAUUAGGUUAUAUUUCAGAACUGUUCCACAUCGUGACUCCUUACGAGGUGGCUCUCCUGCUCAGGGAGGUGUGGAAGUUUAUGGUGGAAAAUCCACCUUCACCAGAGCUAUACAGUAUGAGGGAUAUCACAGGACGACCCAUCAGAUUCUUCAACCCAGACCUAGUAAGGAAGCACCUUGCAGUGGUACUUUCCAUCCUCCACAGCAACAUCCCAAAACUUGGUCACCUCUACUCCAGGUUCCAACUUCAGUAACUAUUCUCCAACAUUGUAAAGAUCACUGUAAAUUGUAAAGGUUACAAUAUUACAAUCUAAACAGGUUUACUAACAUCACCACUGAGAGGACAUUCAUAUGACUGUGUACAUACAUUGUACAAAGGGAUACAGAUGGAUUACAACAUCUAAGUUGA